UUUUAUGAGAAAAGAAUGUCGUUUAACUUGUGGAACAUGCAAACAAUUUAUCUAUUAUUUAGAAAAUGAUUACGAAAACAAAUCAAAAAUGAAGAUUAAAAAAGAAAAAAUCGGAGCAGGUAAAAAUAUCUCUUUUUUACAUAAAUGGUGCGCAAUUACUGCUUUUAAAAAAACUCUCUCUAUUAGACCGACCUCUUUUAAUAAACCGACUCUCUAG